AUGCGAAAGGAAAAAAAAAUACAAAAGAAAACUCUCGGUGGAAAAGGAAAACUCACUGGAAAGAUGAUCGAUAAGUUAACAGUUUACUAUGGCUUAGCAAUACGUAGAAAUUGUGAUUCCAUUGAGAAAAUGUAUAAUGCUAUCUGGGCCACAUAUUAUCACUAUUGUUCAUCUGACCAAAAACCUCAGCACGACAACUGUCCGAGUGGACCAGACUCAUGGUGCAGCUGGCAGAGGGCUGCUGCUGCCAAUGAAGUAUCUACUUUCGAACAUGAUUAUGAGCCACUACCUGAUGAUGUUGCUGAAGCUAUACGUCCGAUUUUUAUAGACCUCAGCAAUAAAAGUUUAUUGGAAAGAUGUGUCGGUGGUUUUAACCAAAACAACAACGAGAGUUAUAAUCAACUGAUUUGGAAAAUCUCUCCCAAAAUUGUUCCGGCAGGCUCGAAAACUGUAGAAACCGCUGCAUACAUAGCUGCUGGCGUCUUUAAUGAAGGAAUGGCUUCAUUAUUAUAUUAUAUGAAUGCAAUAGGAAUUACACUUGGACCCAACGCACAUUUAUAUGCCGAAAAAGAAGAUGAGCAGCGCGUGAACAUCUCCGACCGCAGAGCGCGCGAUAGCACCCGAGAUGGAAGAAUGGCUCGCAGACAACAUCAGCUCGAGUUAUUGGAAGCUAAUGAAUCAGCAGAAGGUCUCUUAUAUGGGCCUGGAAUAGAUGACACCAUAUGAUCCAGUUCAGAGAUAGAGUGGUCACCGCAAGACGUCUUUUUUUAGAGGACCUCCUGGAGAUCGGCUGUAGCUCUUCUCCAGAGAAAUAUUUUUACUAAUAAUAAGCACUAAAAUGUUGUUGAAUAAUACCAUAAUAAGUAUGUAAACUUUUGGAAUCAAUAAAUUUUAACGGCUUCUCAAAAAAAAUUCCUAAAAAUUCGCUUUUUUUCGACCCAUUAACUGUAUAUAACC